CACACACUCGUGGCGAAUCUGCUUUCGGAAACCGGCAUUAAGUUAACAACUGUGACCUGAUUAAUUCGAUUAAUCUCAAAUCAGGAGAUUUUCCGUUUCCUCAGAAAUGUGUGUGCGGUUCCGGGUGUGUGAUCACCGAGAGGAGGAUAGAAACUAAACAUUUGUCUCAGUGUUUAACCUCUCCAUGCUCGACAUGUCGGCGGAAUAACGUAACGGAGCGGGGUCAUGCCCAGCCCUACCCUGUAUUCAUACUAGCAACCAGAAGACGCGGUUAUUUUCUACAUGCAGCCAUCAUUUAAGAAGUGUGAAGGUGACGUUCGCGCUUCGGCUGUUCGUCUCGUCCCUCUCCACAAGCGCUGGGACCUUCUGGAGGCAUGCGCAGAUCUUCUGAACGCCCAGUGGAAGCGCAGCAUCGGAGCCCGGCUCCACUCGCUCCGCCAGUCUAGUGACAGCUACCCAACAUGUCUGGUCCUGCUGGAGGGGGAGACGCUGGUCGGACACGCCCGGGUAUCCCGAGUGCUAGGCAGCCGCAGUGCAUGUGUUGAGUCGGUGGUGGUGCUGGAAGCGCUGCGGGGUCGGGGCUAUGGCCGGGUGCUAAUGGAGGAAGUGGAGCGCUAUGCCCGCAACAGAGGCUUCACCCGGCUCUGCCUCACCACUCACGAUAAGCAGUAUUUCUACGCCCACCUGGGUUUCGUGCUUUCGCGACCUGUCCAGAACAUCAGCACGCUGGGGUCCCUCUUGCCCAUGGAUGUCCUGCACAAGUUCUGCAGGACAGCUGAGAGUGAAGAUGGAGAGAAAAACAUGAAGGAUAAUACUGUGAUACCCAACGGUAAUCACCCUCCCCCUAAAACUUCAUCUCCACCUCUUUCUCCUACUUCUCCUCCACCAAACCCAGUUCCUCUAACUUUUCCUUUUCUCCCUUGCUCCCUUUCUCCUCCUUCUUUUUCAGCAGUUCUCCCUCCUCCUCUUCCCUCUCCACCACCACUUCCUCCUCCUCCUCCUCCUCCUUCUCCAUCUUGCUCCUCGUCAUCUUCUCACCCUCCCCCUGCUCCAGCUCUUCCAUCAUCUGCAUCAUCUGCAUGGGUUCCUGUUGAACAGACUCUGGAACAGACGCCAUACACGGACUGUCGAGGACUGCCUAUCUUCUGGAUGCACAAGAACAUCUGAAGUGGACUCAUGAUAUGUCGUGCUACAGUGCACUUCAUUAUAGACGGAGAGGUUAAUCGUUAUCCAUUUGAUCCGAAUACUGAGACUAAAUGUGCCUUAGGUAAUCAUGUAGGCUUUUAAAAUGUUUUAUUCAAAGCAAGUUCACGUUUUGCCAAGUAUCACUGCCAAGACGGUUAAACUGAAUCAACUGUUUUAUUGUAUUGUGUGUAAAAUAAAAGUGCAAUAACUCUUU